AUGGCUGCCCCAAUUGUGCCUACCCUUUCCAACUUUCUCGGCGUGGCUCUGGUGAUCAACAGAUCGCGCGAUGGUCCGCGAUUUGUCUUUCACUACCCGCCACGAAUACCCGCCAUCAAUGCGCACUCGUCAUCUUCUGGUCGCGGUGCCAAAGCAGCUGGUACCGACGACGAACUAGCAGAUAAUGACGACGACGUGUUACUUGAGCGCAUUGCCAAUGUUGCCAUCGGCGCUGGCUCGCAACCGAAGGGCGUGGACCUCGCCAACUGGAACCAUGACGACCACCUGGAAACUGAGAACGGCUCGCAAAUCGUGCCCUGGGAACACGUCGGUGGCUUUCCCACCCGGGAUCUGGAGAACAUCCUGACACCCGCCCGGGCUUAUCAUAAGAAACUUUUCUCCUUGAGCCUAGACCAGCUAUGCACCGUGAGCUAUCCCAUUUAUGUACCCGAGAAUGGUCUUUGGAAGAAAAAGAAGCGGCAAACAAAAUCGCAGCUCAGUAUGAGUGGAAAGAUGAGUGCAGCACCGGGCGAUGACGGAGAAAAGAACACAGGCAAUGGGGAACCGUCGAUACUGGCUGCCAGCAUUCCUCAGAUUGAAACACACGACCUGGCAGACGAUCCGGCCACACAGGACGAAGGAGAUGCGCACGAUGACGUGGGGGCAGCUGAAGAAAAGAGCGAGGAAAAGAAGAGCGGAAUGACCAUGUUCAAUCUAGUCUUUCUUCUCAACCCGAAGAAACAUGAAGCAAAGGAGCUUGUUGAACUACUCCACUUCCACAUUCUCCGCAAGAUCAACAAGGCUUACAAGUAUGCACAACAGCGAAGCGAUUUCGUGUGGAAGGAGUCCAAGAAGAUACUCGCGCUCAAGGACAAGGGCCGGGAGGACAAAAUUAGGAUGACAGUGCUCUGGCGCCAAAUACUCGAAACGUCCUCCUUGGCGGCCUCGAUGCAAGACGUUUACGAAUCUGUAUGCGCCAACAGAAUUGCAGCAUUGCAACUCGAUACGCCCCAAGGGACUGUGACUCAUUCCGUCCAGAUACCCGUGCCAUUUCACCUACCAGACAUUCCUAGUCCUGAUGAUCCCGAGGCUGAGAGACUGAGAGGCUUAUGGAUAACGACGGCGAAUAAUUUUGCAGACCUGGAUAUAGCCGCCAUUGACGACCCAGCCUUUUUAGACAAGACAUUUGCUUUACUCCUCUUACAUGACGAGAAGAAGAUCAUCGCGGAACUCCAAAGCGAUCCGGAUGAGACGACAAAUGGAAUGAUAGAAUUUGUGCGCUUGAGUAAACCGACAUUGUCAUUCCAUCAGAUCGGACAAGGUCCGACACUCUCGCCGGCCCAGGUUCGUCGAUAUGCGCAGCAUUUCAUCUUCUGGCGGAGAGCCAUUGCCAUCCCGCCCCUACACGCCAGGGACAUCUACAUUAUGUCGCCCAACAGCAAGACAUCGGCACUACCGACGGCAAGUCAAGCAUGGGCUCGGGCAUUUCCACUCGCUCCUCCGCUGCCCAGUUUUCUGGCCGAGCUGAGCAUGGCCCCAAGGCCGUAUAAGCACUUUUGCCCAUCCAAGAGCCACCGUCCACAAUAUCUCCAGAUGCUGGCGUGGCUAAUGCGCGGAGGUUGGGUUACACAGUUGUGUACAUUUGCCUACGUGGUCGUUUGGCCUGAAAUCCAGUACGAGGUCGAGUACCAGAUUGAAAGGGAUGAGAUUAAGAAGACCGAGAGCGCCAUAGCUACUGCUGCAUCUGCGUCCGAGCACACUAGCGACAACCCUUCGUCACCAGAGAGUCCGCCAAGUGAUGAGCAGGGUCUGCUCUCAGCCGAGAGCGUUAGAGCGGCAUCUGAAGACGCAGAAAAGGGCAAGACUCCCCAGCUACACUCAUUAGCCACCUUUGAGCCUAUCCGGUCCCGCCCGACGACGCCCAGCCUACGGGAUGAAGACCUCAAUGACAGUCUCAUUCUGAGCCCACCGCUAUCCGCAGCAGCGGCCACCGACAUGGAGCGAUCCAUCUCGUCGCUACCGCCACUGUCGGAUACUCAGGAAACGCCCGUCAACCCCAACGAGUCCAUUGCCGAAGCGGCGCGGCUAACGCGUCUUGCGGACCGGCGCACGCGGGAUCAUGCCGACCGCGCCGCGCAGCACGCCCGGCGUCCGCAUCCACGCGCGACGGACCACCCAUCAUCCAACAACGCGGCGCACCUGGCUCACCUGACGCCUUACGUCAUUGUCGACGCAAAAAAGGCCACGGGCAAGGAGAGCAUGUACCUCAGUGCUAUAGGGCGGCGACUCCGCGACCCGCGCGUCCGCGCCAAGUGGCCCGUCUUUUGGAAGUACUUCAAUGGCCACUCGGCGCUCGAGCGCAUCGCCCUUAUGGAGGAUCUCAAGAGGAAAGAGGCUUGGUCUCUCUUGACUGGCAUGAGCGAGCACUUGGUCACGGUCAGGCAUUGGUAG